AUGAACCCUGAGUGGUACGUAACCUCCGCGCGACGCCCACCGCCACAGGCCGGGGAACAGCGCCGCCAGAUCUGGGGAUACGACUACCUCUUCAAGCUCCUCCUCAUCGGUGACUCUGGUGUCGGAAAGUCGUGCCUGCUCCUCCGUUUCGCCGACGACACAUACACCGAGAGCUACAUCUCGACCAUCGGUGUCGACUUUAAAAUCCGAACAAUCGAGCUCGAUGGCAAGACGGUGAAGCUACAGAUUUGGGAUACCGCCGGCCAGGAGCGCUUCCGAACCAUCACAUCCUCGUACUACCGCGGCGCCCACGGCAUCUGCGUCGUCUACGAUGUCACCGACAUGGACUCUUUCAACAACGUAAAGCAGUGGCUGCAGGAGAUUGACCGAUACGCAACCGAGGGCGUCAACAAGCUGUUGGUCGGCAACAAGUCCGAUAUGGCGGACAAGAAGGUUGUCGAGUACACCGUAGCAAAGGAGUUCGCAGACAGCCUCGGCAUCCCCUUCCUCGAGACCUCCGCAAAGAGCGCCACCAACGUCGAGCAAGCUUUCCUGACCAUGGCCCGCCAGAUCAAGGAGCGCAUGGGUACCACAACCGCCAACACCAAGCCCACAGUCCCCAUCGGCCAGGGCCAGGGUGUCCAAAACGGAUCCGGCGGUGGUUGCUGCUAG